AUGUCAUACGACGAUUACACGGUCGCAUGGAUUUGCGCUCUCCCUGUUGAAAGGGCAGCCGCCGAAGUCUUGCUGGAUAAUGUCCAUGGGAGUCUACCCCCCAACAACCCGGGUGAUGAUAAUAAUUACACUCUCGGCAAUGUCGGCAACCACAAUGUGGCUAUUGUCUGCUUACCUUCAGGCGUCUAUGGGACGAAUUCUGCGGCAAAAGUGGUAUCGCAGUUGUUGUCAACCUUCCGGUCUAUACGGUUUUGUUUGAUGGUGGGCAUUGCCGGAGGGGUGCCUAGCCACGAAAAUGACAUUCGCCUUGGAGACAUUGUGGUUAGCCACCCCUCCGCAAACUCCAGUGGGGUAGUCCCGUACGAUUUCGGCAAAGUUGUGAGAGGUUGUUGUUUGGAACCUUCAGGGGUUCUGAAUAAGCCACCACCAGUACUAUUAAAGGGAAUCGCAACUUUGCGAUCCAAGCAUAUGCAAGGCUACUCCCGUAUAACUUACUAUCUCUCCAAAAUGGGAGAUGAAAAUCGCAAAUUUUACUCUCCCGGUCCGGGGCAGGACAAGCUUUUUCAACCUAACUAUGACCACACUACCGCCGCGGACACCUGUACCGCUUGUGAUCGAAGCAAACUCAUUGUUCGAACCACACGAAAAACGAACGAGCCUUUGGUUCACUACGGUGUUAUUGCAUCGGGCAACCAGGUGAUGAAGCACGGUGUUACUCGUGAUCGAUUGGCUCGGAAGCACAAUGUUAUCUGUUUUGAGAUGGAGGCUGCUGGCUUGAUGGACAGCUUGCCGUGCCUGGUCAUCCGGGGGGUUUCAGACUAUGCAGACUCGCACAAAAACAAACACUGGCAAGGCUACGCCGCCGCAGCAGCAGCAGCAUACGCCAAAGAACUUCUUUCCCUGAUUCCUGAGCCUCAGAACGUCAAAGAGACGGUGGACACGUCAUUUUUAACCAAGGUUCUGGAUGCCCUGCUGCUGACCAAACCAGAGGACGACAGGGACGACCUAAUUGACGUAAAGGGACGAAGAGUUCAUGGAACCUGUGAAUGGUUUAUCCACAACAAUCAUUACUCAGAGUGGUUGCAAGGCCCGGACUCGCAAAUCCUCUGGGUAUCUGGUGGGCCUGGUAAGGGAAAAACAAUGCUUGCUAUAUAUCUAACCCAAGUUCUUGAACAAAUUGCAAGGACUGGAGGUGGAACCCUCUUAUUUUACUUUUGCGACGGUAAGAAUGAGAAGCGCAAUACAGCCAUAGCAAUACUAAGAGGCUUGUUGUAUCAGCUUCUUCAGCAACGCUGCUAUCUUCUCGAAUUCUUUCGCAAAGGAUUCACAGGCCCUGGGGGAAAUGAAUACACGGUAUCUCAUAUGAUUCCUCUUUGGGAUAUUUUUGUCUCCAUACUUCGAGAUGCGAAUCUUGGUUCGAUCUUCUGUGUGUUGGAUGGUCUGGACGAAUGUGAAGAAGCCUCGCUUAAGCAGUUUCUCAAGAAGCUCAGUGGCUUUUUCUCAGAACCUGCGAGGCCAUCGAUACACACGCGCUUCAAUUUAAUACUCCUAUCUCGAGUAAGACCAAAAUGGAUAGAGGGUUUGUUGCGAGACUUUCCUCGCGUCAAGCUGGAUCCUGACUCAGACGAGGAGGUUGGGAGGGAUGUUGACAAAUAUAUUUCCUACAAGAUUGAAGAGCUCAGCGCUGAAAACGAACUCCCCAAAGAUACUUUGGAAAGAGUGAGGAAAACUUUGCAGGAUGGGGCUCAUGGGACGUUCCUAUGGGUAGGCUUUGUGGCCGAAGACCUCAAGGGGAAGAGCCAUUCAGAAGUGGAAUAUACGUUGACAGCAGUUCCUAAGGAUUUAAGUGGACUCUACAGACGGAUGCUUUAUGAUAUUCAAGACCCCCAGAAUGUUGCAUUGAUUAUCUCUUGGGUUGUCCUCUCGCGCAGACCCCUAACCUUGGCAGAAUUGGCCACAGCAGCCAAAAUUGAAGACACCAGCACGCAAAGCACUGAAGACAUCCUGAAAUUUCGGCUCGAAUCAUGUGGUAUGUUCUUAAGAGUUGAGAGCAAAGUUGUCCAUCUUGUGCAUCAGUCAGCCAAGGAGUAUUUACAGACUGAUGGCCCUCAUGAUCCAGCCAUUGAGAAGCUUUUUAUCACGAAAGACAAGCACCUAAUCCUAGCAAAAAGGUGCUUGGAAUGCAUGGAAGAGGCUCACAAUCUAUCCAAGCUUUCCGGCACGGUCCAGUCUUGUCCACUAUGGGAAUAUGCUGCGCUCUACUGGCCAGAACAUCUGAGACUGGCAUCAGAUAUUUUGCCGGGCAUCCAUGACAUUUCAGAAUCUUUCUUCCGGGACAAAUCUGAAGUCCGCAGCAUUUGGUGGAGUUAUUACUGGGCUAGUCGCCGAUAUGGCAAGGUACCAGAAUCCUUGACAGUCCUGCACCUAGCGGCGUACUUUGGUAUCACCUCAUUAGCAGCGCAAAUUGUACAAAAGAGAGACAAUGUACGCUUUCGAUACCCAAAAAACAAAAAGGACACCUACGGCCGAACCCCGUUGUUGUGGGCAGCUGACAGAGGCCAUGUGGAGACUAUAGGCCUGCUGCUUAACAAUGGUGCCAGCAUCAAUGCAGUGGACAAUCGCAAAAUGACAGCUCUCCACCUAGCAAUUAAAGGGGGACAUGGGGGUGUGAUCCCUUUUCUUAUCAAAAAUGGUGCCAGAGUCAACUCAAAAGAUGAUAGCGGUAACACUCCAUUGUUGCUGGCCCUAAGAAGUGGAUCUAAAGACAUCACAAAAUUGCUACUUCAAAGCGGAGUCAGGUCAAUUCAGAUAAACCGACCUCAGAGUAUAUUACAAUCCUUCCCAGUGUAUCGUGCAGGUCGUCGCCAAUUUGAAGAGGAGGCAGAAAACCUUAUUAAACUUCAAGUUCCACUCUUUUCCCUGGCGUAUAACAGGCAAAUCAGGUAUUAUCUACCUAUUAUCCCUGCUCUGUCCAUAUUCUUGAAGUUGAAGCCAUUCAGGGGGGUUUCUGAGAGGUUUCUUUUCCAUCGGCUACGGAGUUACGAGGCGAGCGAAUCCGAUAUGGUUUUUGACAUAUUUAUAAAACAGCGAAAUCUGGAGGUUUUGGAUCAUGCUCUACGAAUCACAUGGAAUCAUUCUAAGUCGUGCGAGGUAUUAAUGCGCAUUGCGUGGAGAUAUCCCCUAUGGGAGGUUUGCAAAAGCGAUAAGUCGUUUCUUGGUUUGCUUGCCCAGAUGAUUUCUCUCGGAGGAUCAAGAGCAAUCAGCAUGGGAUUUCGAGACGUCGUAGAGCUUAUGGCGAACCAUAUAAUACAAGGAUUCCGUUAUGGCCUCAAAAAUGGGUAUUUAGAUAUCGCCCAAAGGAUGCUCCAAAGAGUCUUCGCAGAUUGGAGGAAUUUACUGAUGGAGAACAAGACAAGCGAAGCCUCUGAGUCAGUUUGUAGCUAUUUUAUUCUCCAUAUGGCUGCCCUGGCAGCCAACGACGUACCUUUAGCCAGGUUUUUUCAAGGGCAUUGGCUAGACAGGGUUCAGGAGCUCAUGUGUGGAAAACUUAAGGAGCCGACUCUUGAUUGUGUAAGGGAAGCGGAGCAGGGGGGUGAUGAAUUUACCAAUUCAUGGGCAGUUAUCGUGGCUGGCGCCUUUUACGAAGCCCUCUCAGACGCUGACACUUUGUGGGUUUUUACUCAGAUUUCCAGGGAAGAGAUAAGGUGUCAGUUGGACAACUUGACAGGAUGGCAGUUGCAAACCAUCUUGGAAUUGCUCCUUCGUAUAAAACAGUCCCGGAGAGCAUUGCCACUGCACUUGUCAAGAUUUGUGCCAACAGUUUUGGCAAUCGCGGCACAGAAGGGAUUGUCAUGUGAUAUGAACAUGACUGACUUCGUGGUUGACCCAAAGGCGUGA